UGCCUGGUAAUGGUAUAGAAUAAACAUCGUUAUCAUGUUUCUCAAUUGUCUGAAAUAAGGCAUACUCUGUAUGAUAAUAGCCUGCCCGCUGUACAUGUUGGCCUGAGGCAAUAUUGGCCUGAGGCAACCACUCAUCUCCAGACCACAAACUUCAUAUUAACAUCCAUCAGACAAAUAUUUCCCCAAAAUUAGUUCCAUCAAUGAUUGCUUCUCGCUACAAGAUUAUUCUCUGCCAAGAACUGCACUCUCUCAAGCUUCUGAUUUUGCCUCGGUUAUGCUGUUUCCCCGCAAAAGAAUGAACUACUCCGCAUAUAUCUACUGACUACUCCUACGCCAGGCUCAGCGCGAUGCUUCAAGAGCUUAUUUAUCGACCAGAGACUCACUCGACAUGUCCUACCAAUCAAUCUAUCCGCCCAUCGACAUCCCCCACGUCAAUAUCCUGUCCUACCUGUACCCCCCCAACCAGACUGUCUCAGACAAACCCAUCUGGAUCGACGCCAGCAACCCCGCCCAGUCUCUCUCGCCACGCCAGCUGCUCUCCUGGGUGAGGAGACUCGGUUUCGGUCUCGACAGGCUGGGCGUUCGUGCCGGUGAGGUGGUUCUGGUCUUCACCCCGAACCACAUCUUCGUCCCCGUCGCGUACCAGGGCAUCGUGGGCUCCGGGCGGAUCUUCAGCGGUGCAAACCCGGCCUACACCCAGUCCGAACUUGUGCAUCAGCUGCGAGAUACCCAUGCCGCGGUUUUGCUUGUGCAUCCUAGCUUGCUGCCCACUGCUCUGGCGGCGUGUCGUGCUGUCGGGUGGUGUCCUGCAGCAGACCGGGUGUUCCAGUUUGCAGACCAUGAGUGUGAGACUUCCGCAGAGGGAGUAAGAGACUGGCGGGAUUUGAUCGGCAAUGAAGAACAGGGUGCCUCGUGGAAAUGGGAUGGAAUGAGUGGGAGUGGUAGUGGUAGUGAUGAUUCCGCUUCCAAAGCGUCGUCGACGGUCGCCACCAUCAAUUAUUCCUCCGGCACAACGGGAUUGCCCAAGGGGGUCUGCGUGUCGCACCGGAACCUCGUCGCGACGGUCGAGCAGACCAUCUUCAUGGACGAUCGGGAGACAGCAUACGAGGUUGUUCCUGCGUCAAGGCCGGAGCAGCGCUGGAUUGGCUUCUUGCCUCUCUACCAUGCUUAUGGCCAACUGUAUGCUUGCCUCAUGGCUCCCAAGCUCAAUUUCCCCAUCUACAUCAUGACCAAGUUUGUCUUUGAAGACUUCCUCGCCGUCAUCCAGCAACACCGCAUCACCCAUCUACAGGUCGCGCCGCCCAUCCUAAUCAUGCUGGACAAGCGGUCCGAAACGGCGCACUACGAUCUCAGCAGCCUGCAGAAUAUCCGGUGCGGCGGAGCCCCGCUGUCGAAGGAGUUGCAGAACACGAUCCAGACCCGGUUCCACGCCAACGUAGUGCAGGGCUGGGGGAUGACAGAGGUGACCUGCGGAGCCAUGCAUGUCCCCUCUGGCCGCUACGACGACUCCGGCAGCGUCGGCCUGCUCGAUCCAAAUUGUGAAUGUAAGCUCGUUGACGACAAGGGGCAGCUGGUCACCGAGCCCGGCUCACCGGGGGAACUGUAUGUGCGCGCCCCAAACGUGUGUCUGGGAUAUUGGAAGAACGAAACCGCCACGAAGGAAACGCUCGAUACAGACGGAUGGCUGAAAACGGGAGACGUGAUGCUCGUCCGUGAGAAUUGGUUCUGGAUCGUCGACCGCAAGAAGGAGCUCAUCAAGGUGAACGCCCUGCAGGUGGCCCCCGCCGAGCUGGAGGCCGUCCUCCUGGAACAUGCGGCCGUUGCGGAUGCGGGAGUCGUGGGCUGCGUCCCCUCCGCCCUGACGGGGGAAGAGUGGCCGCGGGCAUAUAUCCGGCUCAAGGACGAGGCGGUGGGAAUGGUCUCUGCUCGGCAGAUCCAGCAGUUCAUCGCGGAUCGCGUCGCCAGGCACAAGCAGCUGGUCGGGGGGGUCAAGUUCGUGGAUGAAGUGCCUCGACUGGCGAGUGGGAAGAUCCGGCGCGCAAUUCUCAGAGAAUGGGCGAAGCGCGAUUCUCUCCCAAAGAUAUGAUAAUUGUCUUGUUCAAAGUACUCCAUAUUUACGAUGGUCUCACAGGCUCUAGAACCACCACUUAUGACUCACUCCUCUCUCUCUCUCUCUCUCUCUCUCU